GCUUCCUACCGCUAUAUACUUAACUACUACCCAUGGGUCGCUGGACGCUCAGACACACAGAUGAAGUACUCGUCGCCAAGAUUGAGGCCAUUAUCAACGGCGCAAUUAGGCGGUCUAAGGAGGGGGCAGAUGAGAAGAGCAAGCCCUUGAUGACGUACGAGGCCUUUGUAGAGAGCCUCGACGAGGACGACUCGUUUACGACGACGCUUAUUGAGAUUCUCUUGAAGGAGCUUACAGACCGCCGGACCCGGCCAACGCCAGAGGACAGACGACUAAUAUCCAUGCGUACUGUCGAAAACUUGCAUAAUUUGUCCAUGACCGGGACGUACCAGGGCCAACUUUACAGCCGCUCGAGGAACAGGUCGACAACGCACGUCCAUACAUCAGGGAUACUCUCAGACGAGGAUGAAGAUGAUUUCGGGAUGUCAGAUGGGAUGGGUGUGAUGGAGGGUGCACGUAUUGACUCGGCGCUGUAUGAUGUUUAUAGUGGAGGAGGAGGGCAAUUGGGGAAUCCACGUGCGUAUCCACCAGGACCAGCUUUCUCUCCGCCGUCGACACGCGAGAACGAUAUGUCUGCUCUAUAUCGUCCUUAUCCAUUUGAUACUGCGUCGAUUCCUGGACGCCAGCUGCCUGUCCCACAUAAUCAUUUUGGGCCACCUGGGAGUCGUCCCCGGUGGUCGUCCGUAUUCGGUUCCGGAGGCGGAAGCACUAAUGAAGGGAGUCAGAGUGGGAAUGGUGGAAAUGCUACGUCGCUUGUGCGAAGGAAUAGUAUUUACAGGCCGAAUCGUAGAGCGAUCAUUAGACCGCCGACGUCUUCUGCGUCUAGUUUGCCCUCUUCGGAGUUUGCGGAAUUUACGACGCGUAGAAGGUUGAGCCAUAGACUAGGCACGAUGGCUCCGAGACCGCCGCCUCUGCCGACGUCUACUUCGUAUGAAAAUCUGCCCCGAGCCGCUUUAUUUGACCCGCCUAGUCCGACUGGGAGGGACAACGGGACUCGAACUUCUUCGCCUUCUUCUUCUGUUGAUGGAGAAGCUUCGGGUGUAGCAGCAGAUUCGAGACGUCCUUCUUUACGAUCUGCACGUAACACCUUAUUGCGCGAGUCACGAGAGAACGAUAACACCGUUGGUCAGGCAUCUGGGGAUAUAAUUGCGGAUUGGCGAACCCUCCCUCCCGUUCCUGGGGCUCCGAGGAUUCCACAUUUAUUACGUCGUGGUGGUAUUCAACCACCUGAGACGAUCUUACCUCUCCCUCCUGCAGACUCGAUACUCCCGCCUGAACCCUCUUCUUCUGUUCCUGAGAUGUUGGCGAGAGCGUUGAUUGGGGAUUCGCAUUCGCCGCCUCCCGUUUCUACUGGUAGUACUGGUACUGCUGCGACGUCGACGCUGCUUCGUCCUGAAGGAAGCGGUAACAGUAGUGCCACUGGUGGUGGGACUCUGACUGAUUUCGAACAGUCUAUGGAGUUUGACCCGUGGUUCCGGCACGAGUUGUUGGAUCGGCCUCCGGCAGCGGCGGCGACGAUGCCACCUCGAGAAAGGGAAGUGCAAGAGACACCUGCGAGUUUACCUACGCCACGGUCUGUAUCGCCGACUGACGAUAACGUACCUAGUGUUACCAAUAACUCGAGUGGUACCGCGUAAUAAAUAGAAAUGAGUGAAACAGGGUUGGUUGGUGGAUUGAGUAGCUAGCAGCUAUGCGUCCUCGUUUCCUCUCAGUAAAAUAAAAUAUUUUUAUAUUUUUCUUGUCUCUUUUCCUAUGGUGCCCUUUUUUAUUGCAUCUUUCCUUCCCCUCCUCUUCCCUCCCCUCCUCUGCUGUCUUUCUU